AUGGCAACAAUGUUAAAGGGUGAGCUGAGAGAGCAGAGCGAGCCCAGCCCCGGCCAGCUGCUCUUCCGCCCACCUCAGCAGCCGGAGCCGCCAGGCCCGGCAUCCCCUGCAGGAGCCUGCCCCCGGCCAGCUGCUCUUCCGCCCACCUCAGCAGCCGGAGCCGCCAGGCCCGGCAUCCCCUGCAGCAGCCUGCCCCCGGCCAGCUGCUCUUCCGCCCACCUCAGCAGCCGGAGCCGCCAGGCCCGGCAUCCCCUGCAGGAGCCUGCCCCCGGCCAGCUGCUCUUCCGCCCGCCUCAGCAGCCGGAGCCGCCAGGCCCGGCAUCCCCUGCAGCAGCCUGCCCCUGGCCAGCUGCUCUUCCGCCCACCUCAGCAGCCGGUGCCGCCAGGCCCGGCAUCCCCUGCAGCAGCCUGCCCCCGGCCAGCUGCUCUUCCGCCCACCUCAGCAGCCGGAGCCGCCAGGCCCGGCAUCCCCUGCAGGAGCCUGCCCCCGGCCAGCUGCUCUUCCGCCCACCUCAGCAGCCCGAGCCGCCAGGCCCGGCAUCCCCUGCAGCAGCCUGCCCCCGGCCAGCUGCUCUUCCGCCCACCUCAGCAGCCGGAGCCGCCAGGCCCGGCAUCCCCUGCAGCAGCCUGCCCCCGGCCAGCUGCUCUUCCGCCCACCUCAGCAGCCGGAGCCGCCAGGCCCGGCAUCCCCUGCAGCAGCCUGCCCCCGGCCAGCUGCUCUUCCGCCCACCUCAGCAGCCGGUGCCGCCAGGCCCGGCAUCCCCUGCAGCAGCCUGCCCCCGGCCAGCUGCUCUUCCGCCCACCUCAGCAGCCGGAGCCGCCAGGCCCGGCAUCCCCUGCAGCAGCCUGCCCCCGGCCAGCUGCUCUUCCGCCCACCUCAGCAGCCGGAGCCGCCAGGCCCGGCAUCCCCUGCAGGAGCCUGCCCCCGGCCAGCUGCUCUUCCGCCCACCUCAGCAGCCGGAGCCGCCAGGCCCGGCAUCCCCUGCAGCAGCCUGCCCCCGGCCAGCUGCUCUUCCGCCCACCUCAGCAGCCGGAGCCGCCAGGCCCGGCAUCCCCUGCAGCAGCCUGCCCCCGGCCAGCUGCUCUUCCGCCCACCUCAGCAGCCGGAGCCGCCAGGCCCGGCAUCCCCUGCAGCAGCCUGCCCCCGGCCAGCUGCUCUUCCGCCCACCUCAGCAGCCGGAGCCGCCAGGCCCGGCAUCCCCUGCAGCAGCCUGCCCCCGGCCAGCUGCUCUUCCGCCCACCUCAGCAGCCGGAGCCGCCAGGCCCGGCAUCCCCUGCAGGAGCCUGCCCCCGGCCAGCUGCUCUUCCGCCCACCUCAGCAGCCGGAGCCGCCAGGCCCGGCAUCCCCUGCAGGAGCCUGCCCCCGGCCAGCUGCUCUUCCGCCCACCUCAGCAGCCGGAGCCGCCAGGCCCGGCAUCCCCUGCAGCAGCCUGCCCCCGGCCAGCUGCUCUUCCGCCCACCUCAGCAGCCGGAGCCGCCAGGCCCGGCAUCCCCUGCAGCAGCCUGCCCCCGGCCAGCUGCUCUUCCGCCCACCUCAGCAGCCGGAGCCGCCAGGCCCGGCAUCCCCUGCAGCAGCCUGCCCCCGGCCAGCUGCUCUUCCGCCCACCUCAGCAGCCGGAGCCGCCAGGCCCGGCAUCCCCUGCAGCAGCCUGCCCCCGGCCAGCUGCUCUUCCGCCCGCCUCAGCAGCCGGAGCCGCCAGGCCCGGCAUCCCCUGCAGCAGCCUGCCCCCGGCCAGCUGCUCUUCCGCCCGCCUCAGCAGCCGGAGCCGCCAGGCCCGGCAUCCCCUGCAGCAGCCUGCCCCCGGCCAGCUGCUCUUCCGCCCGCCUCAGCAGCCGGUGCCGCCAGGCCCGGCAUCCCCUGCAGGAGCCUGCCCCCGGCCAGCUGCUCUUCCGCCCGCCUCAGCAGCCGGAGCCGCCAGGCCCGGCAUCCCCUGCAGCAGCCUGCCUGCCAGGCAAAGCCCGAGAGCCUGUGUCCAGAGCUAA